AUGGCAAAGGCGAAGGUGGCGCAGCCUGUUGCGAGCGACGACUCGUCUCUCUCUUCCAGCGAAGAAGAAGUGCAGCCGAAGAAGGCCGUUUCUGCAAAGCCAGUUGCUGCCGCUCUCAAGAAGAGAGCCGCUGCCGCUGCGGCUCCCUCGAGCUCUUCGGAUGACAGCUCAGACGAAGACCAGCCCAGCGCAGCUGUCGUUAAAAAGGCAGCAGCUGCAAAAGCAAAUAAUGCCGCAAAAGGAAUAACUGCUAAGGCGCAGUCGACGGCCCAGGAUUCAUCCGAUUCAAGCUCUGACGAUGAGAGGCCCGCCCCAAAGAAAGGCCAGUUUGCUGCAAAAGCUGCAGCCUCUCAGAGAGCUGCUGCUCAGGAUUCCGAUUCGGACGACUCGUCUGAGGAAGAACCCCCAGCCAAGAAGCCUGCCCAGAAGGCGAAGGUGACAGCUGCACCAAAUCAGAAGAAGCCUGCACCUCCCCAGUCUUCAGAUUCGGACUCUUCUGAGGAGGACGGGCAGCCAACAAGAAAAACAGCAGCACCAGUCAAAGGGAAGCCCACAGCAGCACCGCAGAAGAAAGCACCUGCUCCGCAGGAUUCCGAUUCAGAUGAGUCUUCUUCGGAUGAAGAUGCUGCGCCUCCUCCAAAGAAAGCAACAGCACCGUCAAGAGCAAAUGCAGCAGCUCAGAAGAAGGCAGCACCACCUUCUUCUGAUUCCGAUGAUUCCUCUUCAGAUGAGGAGCCUGCGCCUCCAGCGAGGAAACCAGCGCCCAAGGCAAAGGCAGCGCCUGCAUUAGCUCAGAAGAAAGCAGCAGCUGCAGUGCAAGACUCCGAUUCAGACGACUCUUCUUCUGAAGAGGACAAUCCGCCUCCGAAGAAAGCAGCGCCAGCGCCGAAGGGGAAGUCUGCGGUUACAGCAACACCGCAAAAGAAAGCAGCUGCAGCAGAGGAUUCCGACUCGGACGAUUCCUCUUCGGAGGAUGAAGCCGUCCCAGCGACAAAGAAGCCGGCGUCCAAGUCAGCUGCUGCACAGAGAAAGGCAACUGCAGCAGCAGCAAUGUCUGAAGAUUCAGAUGACUCUUCCGAUGAGGACGAAGCUCCCCCAACGAAAAAGCCCGUAGCAGGAUUAGCCAAGGGAAAGCCAGGAGCAGCAGCUCACAAGAAGCAGCCCGAGCACGAGGAUUCGGACUCCGACGACGACUCUUCGGAGGAAGAAGCUGUUCCUCCACCGAAGAAACCCGCCCCAAAGGCGAAAGCAGCCGCACUUUCACAGAAGAAAGCGGCACCUGUAUGUCAAGAUUCUGAUUCGGAUGAUAGGUCUUCGGACGAGGGCAACACUCCUCCUCCCAAGAAAGCAGCAGUUCCCAAGGGCAAGGCCGCUGCAGCAGCGCAAGAAUCGUCAUCCGAUGAAUCAGAGUCGGAAGCAGAGGAACCUCCAAAGAAUGCAGCGCCGCAUAAAAAGGGGAAGGCGACUGACGCGAACAUGGAGGUGGACGGGGCCUCGAAGAAGAGAAAACAAGCACAGGCGCAGAACGGCAACCAACAAGGCCCCAAGAAGAAACUACAGCUUACAGAUCAAUCUGCUGCGGCUCGUAUGCGCUCCGAGAUCUUCUGUGGCGGCCUCCCAUACUCUGUAACGGAGGAGCAGCUGAAGGAUCUCUUUGAGGCAGACUGCGGCCCAACGACACGUAUCAAAAUUCUGGAGGGGAAGGGCAUUGCCUUUAUUACCUUCGCGUCGGAGGAGGCUGCAGCGAAGGCGGUGGAGUUCAAUCAGACAGAGUAUGAAGGCCGCACGCUCCGCAUUAACCUUUCAGCAGACAGGCAGCAGCAGCAACAAGGCGAGCGUAGGCAUGAGGGGAAGAAUGGCGCCCCCAGAGAAGAUCGACCGAAAGCGGACCCUUCCAAUCAAAUUGUUUUGCGCAAUUUGAGCUUCGAUACAACCGAAGACACCAUUCGGGAAACGUUCGGCGAAUGCGGAGAAAUCCGCGCUGUGCGGAUCCCCGUAUUCGAAGAUAGCGGGAAGCCUCGCGGACAGGCUUUUCUGGAGUUUGAUUCGGUAGACUCGGCGACAAAGGCUCUGGAAUUUAACAAUACUGAGUUGGACGGUCGCACCAUUUGGGUGGCCUAUGCACUGCCGAGGGGCGCAGGUGGAGACAGAGGAGGCAGAGGAGGCAGGGGUGGCAGGGGCGGGGCUGCCGGAGGACGCGGAGGGGGUCGCGGCGGUGGCCGUGGCGGAUUCCGUGGGGGCCGGGGAGGCGGUGCUUCUUCUGCUAAGGCUGCGAAUGCGGGAAAUGUACAGGAGUUCCAAGGGAAGAAGACUACAUUCGAGGACAGCGACUGA